CCUCCUCCACCAUCUUGAGAUUUGCGCCCUGUUGAAGUCGUUUAACUCAGCUCGCCAUUUUUUUCAAACAUGUCUGACCAGCUUUGUAAACUUUUCGUCGGUGGGUUGAAUGUGGACACCGACGACGAUGGCCUGCGCAAGCAUUUCGAGCAGUACGGUACGCUGACCGACUGCGUUGUCGUGGUGAACAAGCAGCUGCAGCGGUCCCGCUGCUUCGGCUUUGUAACCUACUCCACACCGGAGGAGGCCGACGCUGCAAUGGCGGCUAGGCCUCACACCGUCGACGGCAACGCGGUCGAGGUGAAGCGGGCUGUGGCGAGAGAAGACGCCAACAAACCAGAGGCCCUCGCAAAGGUGAAGAAGAUCUUCGUUGGAGGCCUGAAGGACGACAUCGAAGAGGACCAUCUCACCGAUUACUUUUCCCAGUACGGUCAAAUCGAGAAGGCCGAAGUCAUCUCCGAGAAGGAGACCGGAAAGAAGAGGGGGUUCGGCUUUGUUUACUUCACCGAUCACGACGCAGCCGACAAGGCGGUCGUGGUGAAGUUCCACACCGUCAAUGGACACAAAGUGGAAGUGAAGAAAGCCCUGACCAAGCAGGAGAUGCAGGCGGCCAACAGGAGCGGCAUGCCGCCGAGAGGCAGACCAGGUAGAGGCAUGAGGGGAAAUCAAAAUGGCUACGGCAGCAGGGACUACGGCGGAAACUACAACUACGGAAAUGGCGGAGGCUACAACUGUGGCGGCUACGGAGGGUACGGCGGCGGUCCGUAUGGGGGUGGCUAUGGAGACCAGGGGAGCGGCUAUGGCGGUGGAAACGGCUACAAUGAGUUUGGCAGCGGCUACGGCCAGCACUCCUCCGGGUACGGCCCCAUGAAAGGGCCUCCCUUCGGCGGACAGAGGAGCGCGGCGCCCUACACCAGAGGAGGAGGCGGCGGAGGCGGCGGAUACCCGAGGGGGGGCUACGGCGGCGGCUACUAAAUGAGACUGCACAAUGGAGAAUCGACCACCCCACCCCCCAGCCAUAAUUUACCUCCAGCCGGGAUUUGGACGCUCAACUCAAAUUCAGUAACGGGGCGUCUGCCGUGAAACCCAACUCCGGCAGAGAUACGGACACAGAGAUCCCCCUAAUCAUAAUGAAGACCUCAAAAACCCAAACAGGUAGGAAGGUCACUUCCCAGAAAACCUGAUAAUAACGAGCAGCGGUUGUUGCCGUUCAACUAGGACACGCAAAAAUGAAGAAUAAAAACACAGUGAUCCCUUUUUAUUAUGUAUCCACGCCCACGGCGUGUAGUUGUCGUUUAGAGUAUUUUUUUUAUUUGCGUUCACUCGGUUCAAUUUCGAUGUAGGAUUGUUUUGCUGACAAGUUCUGAUUUAUCUUAAAUAUUUUGCAUUUUUAAGCAAUUAGAUUUUGUUUUCUGGAGUAAAUUUAGUGUAAUUUCAAUGUAUGAGGAUGAGAAAGCAUGUUUUGUGGUUUUGGAUUUCAUAGCUGUCUGAUAACAUCAUCAAUUUUGUAUAAUUAUUUACUUGGCUCAUUCAGCAAAGGCGGAACGUGAUACUGCAGGAUCCAGUUUCCUUGUUUCCUUCCCAACAUUGUACUCAAACUCUCCUCACGCAUAGUAAUAGUUUCUAAUUAUUGUUCAUUUUUCAUUACCUGUAGCAAUAUCUAAUGUAUAUUGUAUACUUUUCAUGUCUGGAGAACAAAACCUACUGUUAAAACACCUUGGUAUGCUUAUGUAUGUUCAUUUUAAAUAAAACGUUAUACCACUUA